AUGAGAGGACAGCCAAGCGAAAUUGAGAUUUUUCCUGAAAGGGAUGCAUGUAUAAGAGAAAAGGCAGCAGAAAUUAGAACACCAAGGUUCAGGAUUGAGAGGGAGAAGAAAUUGAGGAAAACAGAUCUAAGGGUUUUCGAAAAGCAGCAGUUCAAAUUUGAUGGAGAAGAACCAUAUGAAACAGAGAGGUCUACUGAAAAUUUGAGUUCUGAGUUGCAAAAGUUAAAAGACAUGAAGAUUGAAGAGUUCAAGUCAAUGAGGGAGAAAUACAGGAAAUCUCAGCAUAUAAGCAGAGAAUUGCAAAAGAAAAAGAACAGUAAAGUGAGGGCUUUUUCUCCAAGAACAGCUUCAAAAGUCGAAAUCGGCAGAAUAAAAGCAGUUGAAGACAUGAAGAAAGCCAAGUUGAAAAUGAAGAAAAAGGCCUGGGAGAAAACAAUGGAGGGAUUCACUAGGCUAGAGAAUUUCGUAAUGGUGAAAAGCUCGUUUGAUCCACAGAAGGACUUCAGAGAUUCAAUGAUUAAGAUUUUUGAGGAGAAAAGAAUUAGCCGACCAGAAGAGCUGAAAGAACUCUUGGCAUGCUAUCUAACCAUAAGAGAUGAUCGAGGGUUUUUCUCUUACCCCACGUAG